AUGGCUGUCGCUAGGUUUAACCUUGAUCGAUUACUUUCCAGUGUUUGUCACCAUGAGAACUUGAUGGUUGAUUGCUUCAUCAAAGAAAAGAUCAGUGUAUUCUUUUUUUCUUACCCUGUGAGCAGUCUUCAGAAUUUAGCUACUGAGAAAAAAAAAAUGAACGCUCUAUUCUUUGAUUUCCUGCGCAAUACCCUGCGACAUAGUCAGACGCGAGCUUUUUUUGUUUCCAUUACUGAUCGAAAGAAUAUUUUCUGUGCCGAGUUCACAAUUAUGUUUGCAAUAGUCGUUUUGACGUUGAAGAUUAGUGUCUCAAAGCUAUUUUCGAGUGCAAAGUUUUUAAUAAAACUGGUAUUGAUUUCUUUGGUGGCGUUGGGUGGUAAAGUUGGCAAAGGAGCAAACACUUUCAAAAGUUUCAAGUCAAUAUUUAUUUUAAUUACUGGAGAAAAGAAGUUGUUUUAUUUUUACAGUGUAAGGCGCCUAAGGGACGGCACAGCCAGUACAGCAUGUGAUCUCUUAGGAACAGCCAAAAAGUCUCCGAUCCUUGGCUGUGACUACGUUUGCUUUGGCUGUAUCUACGUGUAA